UUCAGCGUGUUGAGUUUGAGGAUGUGAGUGUUCAUUAUCAGUAGAUACUCUAACAUUACUCAUGUAAAUAGCGAAGAGGAAUUUUACUUGCUUUGAGAUCAUCAUGAAAUAAGUAGUAAAGUACUCUACUAUUACGUUAUAUGUGAUAGUCAUUAACAUUUGAAGGGCGUUUGGAAAAAUUACUCAUCUUGAGUGUGAUUAGGCUUUUAGAUAGUGUUUUGGAUUUCACAAUAUAUAAUGCAGUUCCUCUUGUUGUCUACUUAUUUGCCAUAAAGUUUCGUUUCAUUCAAAAGGAUGUCUAGACAUAUGUCUCAUGGGAUUUUUGUUGUUCUCGAAGGAGCAGAUCGUGUGGGAAAAACAACACAAGCAUUACUUCUAGCUAAAGCUUUGUCGGAAAUCACACGUAAAGAGACUCUGUCUGUCAAAUUCCCGGAUCGUGAUACUCCUCUGGGACGUCAACUAGAUUCGUAUUUAAGUGGGAAUGGCGAUAUUAACAAACAUGCAUUACACUUAUUGUUCACUGCAAAUAGAUGGGAAAGGCAGUCUGAAAUUCGGAAGGCCAUUUCUAAUGGAAUACCUGUUGUAGCAGACAGAUAUAUAUAUUCUGGGAUCGCUUAUACAGCUGCUAAAUCUCCACCGACUCCAAACUGGGAAUGGUGUUGGGAAAUGGAAAAAGGUCUUGUAGAACCUGACUUGGUGAUAUGUUUAACACCAGGAAAUCUGGACGAAUUAAGUUCUAGAAAUGGUUAUGGAAAUGAACGGUAUGAAAAUGAUGAUUUUCAAAAGCGUGUUCUGGAGAAUUAUGUCCGGAUUUCCAAAGAUGUUGAAUUAGAUAAUAAAGAUAAUAAUGAUGAAAAUGAUUCAGUUGGACUUUGGCAUUUCAUUCAAGCAACAGAUAAAACUGUCGAAGAAGUGCAUAAAUGUAUUAUGGUACUCGUUAAAUCUAAAUUGGAAUCGAUCAUUGGCCCAGAAAUUCAUGAAUGUACAAAUAAAAAAGAUUAAUAAAUUCCAUUAUUAUGUAUUGAAAAUUGCAUUUGUUAUUGCUUAUUUAUGGUAUCAUUGUUUUUAAUAGAAGAGGCUUUUCAUGUUGUGUUUACAUUGAUCAAUACAAUUGUGUAAAUCAACCCA